AUGGCCUCGGUACUAAAAGACAAGGACGAAAUGGAGUCCGCAAUCUCAAAGCUCGCAAUUGACUCCGCAAAAGCGGCAUCCAAAGGCAAGGCCGCAAAGGCCAAGAAGCCCGUAGCAGACUCAUGGGAAGACGAGGACGUUUCCGACGAGGAAGAAGAAGACGACCAGUCCACAGACAAGGACGCGGAAGCAGAAGCAGGCUACGACUCGCCUCAUGAGUGGGCGUCUCUCGGCAGCCAGAGCCACAGCCAGAGCCAAAGCCAGAGUCAGAGCCAGAGCCCGAUGGCGACGUCGGCGUCGGGGAGCGGGGCCGGGACGCCGGCGAAGAGGCCGGAGAAGACGGACGCCGUGGCGAGGCGCAUGAUUGCGGCGGGGUUGGGGCUCAAGGCGCCGCGGCAGACGGAGGAGCAGAGGGCGUACCAGCGGUCGGUGAGGGAGCAGGAGAAGAAGAGGCGGGAUGCGGAGAGGGCUGAGGAGGAGAGGCAGAAGGAGUUGGCGGAGAAGGCGAAGGCGGCUGUGUGGGAUGAUUGA